AUGGGGCGGAAGUACGACUUUGCGGAGAGUGUUCUCCUCACACAGGAGGACCUGCAGGCGCGCAUGCGUGCCGUUGCGCAGCGCAUCGCCGACGAUUACCGUGACAAGGACCUGCGCCCCAUCACCAACCCGCUCGUGCUGGUGUGUGUGCUGAAGGGCAGCUUCAUGUUCACCGCGGACCUCUGCCGCGCUCUCUUCGACAUGAACGUGCCGACGUGUGUGGAGUUCAUCUGCGUCACGUCGUACUGCGGGGGCAUCGCGAGCACGGGGCAGGUGCGCAUGCUGCUCGACACGCGCCAGAGCAUAGAGGGCAAGCACGUGAUGAUCGUUGAGGACAUCGUCGACACCGCGCUCACGAUGGAGUACCUGUACAAUAUGUACAAGGCGCGUAAGCCGGCGAGCAUGAAGACAGUCGUUAUGCUCGACAAACCGGAGGGGCGCCGCGUGCCGUUCAAUGCCGAUUACGUCGUGGCGCGGAUUCCGCACGUGUUCGUGAUCGGCUACGGCCUCGACUACGAGGAUUGCUACCGCGAGGUGCGCGACGUCGUCGUGCUCCACCCCAAAGUCUACCGCGACCGCGAACCAGAGCAGCAGGGGCAGAAGGGUAAGGAGCCCGAGGCGGGGCGUGUCGAGAGCAAGCUGUAG